UCCGCCUCGUCGCCGUGUCAGCUGCGAAGCGGAAGUGGAUUUAUGUCUGACUUUGACAGUAUCAAUUGUUAGAAUCUUUUUGGAAAAAAAUAUUAAUGAAAGGCUAGUAUAUUAUUUAGAGUCAAAAGAAAUAAUAUAUUUUUUUUUAAAACUACCAAAGUAGAUUUCGGUUCACCAUACUGCGUGUGGACAAAACAGGACGAGGGGAAAAAACAAGAUGGCGUUUGAUGGAGAAUAUGCGAUUGUGUUGAUAAUAGUAUUGUGUUAUUGAUCAGUGCGUACACGUUCACAUAUAUGUUGUUUAAUAGAGUGAAUAUCAAUAAUAGUUUGCUAUUAUUUGAUAUAGCUAGCUUAGCUUGCUAGUUAGCUUAGCUCGUUUAGCUGCUAACAAAGCGAGGCGGAAGUGAUCAAAACACAUCGCUAAGCAGAGAUCAAGUGUGAGUGUAAAGUGUUGUGAUUGUGCGAAAAUGUGCGAAAGAACGAUAGCAGUGUACGAGGAGGAACUUUGUCCAACAAAAGGAGAGAAGGAGCGACAACAUCAACUACUGGACGCUGUUUUCAAGAAACAUCAAGUUGUGUUACACAGAACAGGCAUCCAGAAGCCCCUUCAUAAUAAAAAGGAAAAUGCACAAUCCCUUCCUGUUAAAGAGGAAGAGGAGGAGCCACAGCCCCACCACGUUAAAGGGGAAGAGGAGGAAGUGUGGAUCACUCAGGAGGAAGAGUGUCUUCUAGGGCAGGAGGAGGCUGAUCUCACCAAGUUUCCACUGACUGUUGUCCCUGUGAAGACUGAAGACCAUGGAGACAAACCACCUGAGUCCUCACAGCUUCAUCACAGUCCAAAUGUCUAUGAAGAACAUCUUCUUGAGCAGAAUGAGGGGACCUCCAGGAUGAGGCAGGUGGGAUUAGAGUUUAAAGAGGAAGAGGAGGAGACACAUCUCCCACACAUUAAAGAAGAAGAAGAAAAUGAGCCACAAGCUCCUUACAUUAAAGAGGAAGAGGAGGAGCACAUCAUCAGUAAGGAGGUUGAGCAUCUUGAAGGACUGGGGGAGGUUGAUGUCACCAAGAUGCCAUUUACUAUUGUCAUUGUGAAGAGUGAAGAUGAUGAGGUCAAAGUUGACAGUGAGGAGCAGAGAGAGGCGGAGCCUCCAAGCAGCAGCUCAACAGAAGCUGAUGGAGACCACUGUGGAGGAUCACAAGCAGACAAGCUCUUAGCUCCACUAUCAGAUAGUGAGGACACAACGUCACACUCUCCUGACACUGAUGAUGAAGACUCUAAAGAUGAUAAGACAUGUCACACUGACAACACACACCUGACGUGUUCUCACUGCGACAAAACCUUUAGGUACCCGAGUCAUCUGAAAGUACACAUGAAAAUACACACUGGUGAAAAAAAUUGUUUAUGUCCAGUCUGUGGCAAAAGUUUUGUACAAGAUAGUGUUUUGAAAAGGCACAUGACAAAACACACCGGAGACAAACCGUUCAUGUGCUCAGUUUGUAGUAAAAGGUUCUCCCGGAAGGCAGAUUUGACAAUACACACCAGGAUACACACCGGAGAAAAAUCUUUUUUGUGCGCGGUCUGCGGUAAAGGUUUUAAACAAAGUCAACACUUGAAAGGUCACAUGGGAAUACACACUGGAGCCAAACAUUUUUCAUGUUCAAUCUGUGGUAAAGGUUUUAUACAAAGUCAGAACUUGAAAGUACACAUGAGACUACACACGGGAGAAAAACCCUUUUCCUGUCCAAUUUGCUUCAAGGAUUUUAAUCAGAGUCAGUGUUUGAAAAUACAUAUGAGACAGCACAAUGGUGAAAAACUCUAUUCCUGUUCAAGUUGCAAUAAAAGCUUUGCUGACCAAUCGAAGCUUGUAACACACGUGAGAAUACACACUGGAGAGAAAGUGUUGAGUUGCAAUUUGUGUGGUGAAGGAUUCUCAUAUAAGUACCAGUGUAAGAAACACAAGUGUGCUGGUGAGAACAGCGGCAGCAAAUGAUGCUGAAGGAAUAAAAAAAUCUGUCUUUAAUGUUGACUUUCGAUGUUAACUUGAUCUCGUUCAUAUCCUUCUACCAUUUAUAGAUGAGAUGUGUGGUUUUAUUUCAUGCAUUAAUAUACAAACAUUGUGUGCAAAUAUUCAAAGUCUAAACAACACAGUUUUCCUUCAAAAGAUGUAGACUGAAGCAUUAGUUUACUUUUAUUACCUUAAUAUUAAUUGCUUUUCAUCCAUUUUAAAAUAAAAACAGUACAAAACAUUUGUUACAUACAAUGAAGAUGUUAUGUGUAUAAUUAUAGUAAUGUGUUGAUCUUGCGUGUUACAUAUUGUCAUUUCUAACUGUAAAUAAUCCCGUAGAUCAGUGGUCCCCAACCACCGGGCCGCGCAAGAAAUUUACUUUAAUUGUAAUUUUAUUUUUUUAAUUAACAUAAAAAACACAAUAUAUACAUUAUAUAUCAAUAUAGAUCAAUGCAGUCUGCAGGGAUACAGUCCGUAAGCACACAUGAUUGUAUUUCUUUGUGAAAAAAAAAUUAAAAUAAAAUCUCCCCCCACCCCCCGGUUCGUGGGACAAAUUUUCAAGCGUUGUCCGGUCCCCAGCUACAAAAAGGUUAGGGACCACUGCCGUAGAUGACUUCCUUUAUAUGUAAUACAUAUUUGUUUUACAUGUGUUCAUACCUUUGCUUGUGAGUACACAUAAAUCCCUCCAGUUCAUAUUUACUGGUUCACGUCUGAAACAUCUUCUGGAAGAAUUUUCUUUACUUUAUACAUCAUUUGAGCAUCAUUUGUGUGUCAUUUAUUUUUAAAAUGUGUGACUUUAUGAAUCAUUUGUUGGGUCUCUGU